GGCAGAUAGUAUAAUUUUUAUUCACUGAAGCAAAACGGGUAAUUAUUGAAGUUCCUUCUCCUCCAAUUGACGCAACUGGCCGAAGCUUUGCGAACGCUCAAUCAAAUCAGAUCGACGAGAGAUUGUAGCAGAAGAGCCUAUCCGAUCGUCGCAACUUCCCUCCUUAAACGAACCCAGCGAAGAAUUCGGAGUUUGCAGGGGAGAAAUGCUCAACGAUGGAGAAGUGACUCUUACUAGGCAUGAGAUCCUGAGUAUGGUGAAGAAGCACUCAAAGUCGCUGGGAAAGACGUCUCUUGAUGAGCAAGAGGCGUCAGAUGUAGAGAUGGACUCUAAUUUCUGGCAUGGUGUGUUUGAUGUGUACUUCGUUCGAUGCAUCGAGUCUAGGAGGCGGCAAGACGAUGAUCUCUUAUUCUUUGUCAGGAAACUGAGCUGUAAAUCAUAUGGUUUGACUGAAAAUGAGGAUGCACCAGCUCCAUACUUCGUGCGCAGGUGGGCUCCUAAGUUGGAUGAGCUGCUUGGUGAAAGUCUGGCUGAAGUUGAUUGGAGGAAAUCAUUUUAUUUGAACAUGGUUGCUCACACGUCUUUCACUGUUACGGUUGCGAUUUGCAGUAAUGAAGCCCUUAAGAAGUACCAAGGAAGUAAAGACACAACACUCUCUCCUAUAUACAAGGUUGUAAAAACUGUGUAUGCAUCACCUAGUCGGGUUAAUUUUCAUCUGGACUCAAAGAAGGAAGUGGAGACAACACCUGCUUACCCAGAAAUUUGUUUUGCCGUAGAUGACUUCGACUCAACCUUUGAUGCCGUGGUUCUGACAGAAAAAGAUCAUUGCUAUUGUGUACUUCUUAAUUCUCAUGAUGGGGCAGCCUUUCCAAGUGCAGAUGUAAAAACUGAUUCCAGUGUAUCUAAUACAAAUACAGACCCGAGAAGGGUGAAAGAUCCUAAGGUUACUCUGUUUUCUGGGUUUGUCAGCUAUCAAAUGGUUCGAGAAGCCUACGAAGGGGGGAGGAACCGGUUCGGAAGUCUCCUAUCACUGGGCCAUCACUCAGGAAAAGCAGACAGACUUUAUAUGAAAGGCCCUGGAGGACGUGGAGAAGUUGAAGUAGCUGUCUCUGGCGUUAUAGAUCAGAGCCAAGUAGUUUUAGGUCCUGUUUCACCAAUGUCUUCGAAGAAGAGCAUCGAUCUCGGCUCCAUUUUCCGUAAAGCCGCAUCUGUUGCAUCUGUGGCAGCUAAACAUGCAAUAGCAGCUGCGACGGCUUCAUAUGAUGAAGACGAGAUGUUCCCUCUUAAAUGCUGUUUAAUGUCCAUCUCGUUGCCAUGGGACACUAUUGCUCAUGAUCUCUUAUUCAAGGGUUCUCCACCAGUAAACAUGGAGUAGAACAUUGUACCUCAAAUAGUAAAAGAAAAUGCUGGAAACAGGAGUUGUGUGUUUUGUCAAGAUGAUGUUCUUUGAUUGAAUUGUAGUACUGUGUUGCGAGACUUCGGUUUACUACUACAUAACAGUUCUACCUCCAGCAAUAAAUGGAAGUAAAGCAACUUUGGAAUUCUCAAGCCUAUAAGAUUCAUAUACUUUUCAUAUUCUAGGUCUAAAACUCACUUUACUCGGAAGAGCUUCUCCAAAUAUCUCAAUGGUUCUUACAGUAACAAAACUA